AUGUCUUUAUUUGACAGCACCGAUUCGUUAACAGCAAGUACCACAAAUUCUCAAAAUUCUUCGCCCCGAGACCAAAAUUUAGAAUAUAUGACGAAUCGUGAGUCUAAUAACAUUGACCAUAAUGAAUUUUCAUCAAUGUCUACGACAUCAAAUAAUUCUAACGGGGAUCCAGUCGAAGAAGACGAUAAUGAUUUAUCAUCAUCUAGACAGCAAAAACGUCGCGGCAGAAAGCCAAAAUAUCCAGACCCAACGCCUGGUUAUAGGUCUAGUUAUAGUGUUAAUAGAAGUUUCACUCAAACUGAAGUGGUACUUUUAAAGCAUAUUCUAAAAGACUCUGGUGAGCCACCAGCUGACUUGUUUGCCACGCGUGUUUGGCCACCGUCUCCGACCGACAGCAACAAUAAUAAUGAGCAAGAACAGCGACUACAACAUAAUCCAGACAUGGAUAUGAAAAUUAUCGAACAAACUACUGAUGCUACAAUGGUUUUCCCUGUGGAUGAAGAGAAUUCAAAGAAUCAAGAAUUAUUAUCACAUGCCAGAAGAAAAAGAUCUCGUAAUGUGACUUCUCCUUAUCAAUCAAGAGUUUUACGUAAAGUAUUGGCUGUUACAUCAUUUCCUUCAACUGAAAUGCGUGAAGCUCUUGCGAAUGCUUUAAAUAUGCAUCCACGUACUGUUCAAAUUUGGUUUCAAAAUCAACGUCAAAAAGCAAAGAACAAUCCUCAAACGCCAACAACUAGUGUUAAUACAGUAUCUACACCAACUAUGGCGACUUCAUCAUCAAUGAGUCAUGGAGGUGGAGGAGGAAUGACUUCACUUAAUGGUUAUAGUCCUGAAUUAAUGCCAAUGUCGAUACCAACCGUUGGUACAAGUGCGAUUUAUUAUAAUUUAACAAUGUUUCCAAGUAAUAACGUUGUUCAAGGAGCUAUCGGUUCUCAAACAAUUCUUACUCCUCCGAUUUCAGAAGAUCCUCAACACCAUCCACAUUCACAUUUACAACAGCAUGGGCAAUUACAAUUGUCUACGCAAAGUUAUUUGCCAGUCGCUACAGCUUACAUGAGUGCUGCACAAUUUGCAACAACUGUUGGAUCUCCUUACACAAUUUUACCCAUGUUUCAAUCUUCCACCCCAUCAUCACCAACACCAGCUCAUUUACAAGCCACGUUUCAUCAUCCUCAAUUUUUUCAUCAAACAUCAUCAUCACCCACCACUCCAACAACAGCACACCAAUAUCCAA